AUAUUAUGAGCUUCUCAUCAAGCUUAAGAGAACCACUGAGGGAUUACUUGCGUCCCACACAGCUCAGGGAGUCUGGGGCACUUAUGGUGGCCUACGGCGUGUUUGUCUGGAUACAGAAGCCAUUUUGUACCAUGGAAUAAAGAAAUCACAGUCAAGUUCUGAGUCAGACGGCAGCUUCUGGCAGUUUGUACAGGGCCUCAAGUGGCUAAGUCCAAGUCUAGCCCCAAUCGUAGACAAACUGAAUCGUCUCAGCCAGGCACGGAGGCUGGGUGACACAGAAAUGGGCAGAGCCUGGUUGAGGGAGUCAGUGCAAGACCACACAUUGAUGACCCAGCUGGAUAUAUUGAUCAGUGAUGAAAAACAUCUACAUAAUUUUUACCAUGAUGAUGCCUUCCUUUGCCAGACUGACUACGUCAUGGCCAUGAGGAUUUGUUUCAGAGCCAUAGAACUCGGAAAACCAGCAUUGUUGUCAGAGAUCAGUCCCUACCUUCUGCGUUCAGGUCAAGUGGGUGCUGCUUUAUCCCGCAGCUCAUCGCUUCCCAUCAAUAGGGCAUCCCGUCUGGCUGCAGUAGUUACUACUGAAGGUCAAUUAGCCUUGGGAUGUUCACUUCCCAGCGGCAUAAACAGAAGCUCUGAAAUGGGGAACAAGCAUUCUCAUUUAAAUG